UCUUUCUGCCUCAAUGGCAGCAUGACGCAACAUACACAUUACAUAAUAUUAUAGGGGCUAAACGUUCACUUCGUUGCACAUAGAAAAGAAAGGCAGACAGACAGAAGUAGACUGACAGAACAUGGCAACAGUGAAAGCAUGCAAUAUCUUGAUCACCGGAGCCAACCGAGGCUUGGGCUUAGAAACUGUUAAGCAACUCUUGGAGGAUUCUUGUCCAAAACGUCACAUUUUUGCUACCUGUCGUAAUCCAGAUGGACCAAAGUCUGAGGCAUUGAGAGAAUUGGCGAAAAAGCAUCCAAGUGUGAUCACCAUCAUACGUCUUGAUGCUGAUGAUCCAUGCAGUAUCAAAGAGUCUGCCAAGAAAGUGGGCUCUCUACUGGGAAACAAUGGUUUGAACCUGCUUGUGAAUAAUGCUGGAAUCUUGGCAAGGGGCACCAUUCAGACCAGCAGUGUUGAGAGCAUGAAAAACACCUUCAGCACCAACGUGAUAGGACCCUUAUUAAUCAUUCAGGAGUACCUGCCAUAUCUAAAAAAGGCUGCCAAAGCCAGCGGGACACCAGGAAUGUCCUGCAGUAAAGCAGCAGUCAUCAACAUCUCCACUGUGGGGGGAUCCAUCAGCACAAUGCCUUCUUUAUUUAAAAAAUUCCCAGUGUUGCCAUAUUGCGUGAGCAAGGCAGGUUUUAACAUGCUGACUGUGUUAGCUUCUGAGGAGUUAAAGGCGGAUGAGAUCCUCUGCAUGGCCCUUCAUCCAGGAUGGGUGAAGACUGAACUGGGUGGAGAAAAAGUGAGUGUAGAUUUAUUAGUCCAGGAGAGAGCUUGCUAUCCGCACACUUCAAAACCAAUCAUCUCUGAUGACAUGGGGUGCAUUAGUUCCUAUGGGAUAGACAGCUUCCACAUUAGAAAAGGCAACAUCAAUGAUGAAAAGCACCACUUGAACCUAAAGAAAGUGUGGAGGGGAUGCUGCGUGUCAUUGGCAGCCUUACUGAGCAGCAGCACGGUGGAUUCAUGGACUACACUGGAAAAACAAUUCCUUGGUGAACCAGAACAAAAUCACACCUAUAUGAGAGGAUUCAAAAGGGCCAAUCCAGGUCCAAACUGCCCUGUUUAGUCCUUUAAGCAUAAAAGGCCACACUUAAUCAAGCACUGGA